UUAUAAAAGGCGCCUUAUAUAGUUAGGGUCCAAAUCAUCUUUAUUAGUCAAGAUCUCCUUAAUACAUAUCCGAUAUCAUGACAGAAUGUCUUGUUCAAUCUUGAUACUCUCAUCAGAAUAGCUUAUACUUCUGCAUAGGAGGUGUAGUAUCCUCAAAAUAGCUCUAAUACCAAAUAUAGCCCAAUUCUAACGAGGCUUUAGUCUAAGAUAUUUUAGAACACAUAUCAUGCAUUGACACAAAGGAUAAUUAAAAAAAAGCGCGUGGUUUAAAUUAUUUAGAUCAAACCCCCUGUACUUUGACCUCCUGCAGCUUUCUUCACCGAACCAACUUUCCUUGUCUCCUUUCCCUCUAUAUACACAUACAUAUUUAUUUAUACUUCACUGCUGUAUAAACUUCAACCGCAAGAUAGGGAACUUCAAAGAGCUUCCAAGCAGAGCAGCAAUGGCUUCUGAAAAUGCAUACCCCAUCAAAACCGUCGUCGUUUUGGUCCAGGAAAACCGCUCCUUCGACCAUAUGCUGGGAUGGAUGAAGUCCCUAAACCCCGAAAUCAACGGCGUCACCGGUAGCGAGUCCAACCCCAAGUCCACAUCCGACCCGAACUCGGGUCGGAUCUUCUACGGCAGCAACUCCGUGCACGUGAAUCCGGACCCGGGUCACUCCUUCCAAGCAAUCUACGAGCAGGUCUUCGGAACGCCGUGGAACCAGUCGCCGUCGUCGUCGUCGUCGAAGCUCGCUCCGACCAUGGAGGGCUUCGCGCAGCAGGCGGAGAGCGUGCAGGUGGGUCUGUCGGAGACGGUGAUGAACGGGUUCAAACCGGAAUCCUUGCCCGUAUUCAAGGAGCUGGUGGCGGAGUUCGCGGUGUGCGACCGGUGGUUCGCGUCGAUCCCGACUUUGACGCAGCCGAACCGGCUGUACGUGCACUCUGCGACGUCGUACGGGGCGACGAGCAACGACACGGAGAAGCUGGUAGAAGGGUACCCGCAGAAGACGAUAUUUGAGUCACUGGAGGAGGCGGGCUUCUCCUUUGGGAUCUAUUAUCAGUCCGUCCCCUCUACCCUUUUGUACAGGAACCUGAGGAAAUUGAAAUACGUAGACAACUUCCACCAGUACGACCUGGACUUCAAGCGCCACUGCGAAAAGGGGAAGCUUCCCAAUUACGUGGUCAUCGAACAGAGAUACUUCGACAUGAAAUUGCUACCGGCGAACGACGACCACCCCUCUCACGACGUCUCCGAAGGCCAAAAAUUCGUUAAGGAAGUCUACGAGGCUCUCCGAUCAAGCCCUCAGUGGAACCAGACGCUGUUCCUCAUCAUCUACGACGAGCACGGCGGCUUUUACGACCACGUCCCCACGCCAGCCGACGGAGUGCCCAGCCCCGACGGCAUCGCAGGCCCCGAGCCGUUCAACUUUCAGUUCGAUCGGUUGGGGGUCAGGGUUCCGGCGAUUUUGAUUUCUCCGUGGAUCGAGCGCGGAACGGUGUUGCACGGGCCUUCGGGGCCGUAUCCGUCGUCGGAGUUCGAGCAUUCCUCGAUUCCGGCGACUGUGAAGAAGAUUUUCAACCUGAAGGAGUUUCUGACGAAGCGGGAUGCGUGGGCGGGAACGUUUGAGGGCGUGCUGAGCAGACAGAGCCCAAGAACUGAUUGUCCAGUGACUUUGUCAAGCCCAAUAAAAUUGCGAGAGACAGAGGCCAACGAGGAGACAAAGUUAAGUGAGUUUCAAGAAGAGUUGGUGCAAAUGGCAGCUACAUUAAACGGUGACCAUAAAAAGGAUGAGUAUCCGUACAAACUGGUCGAGAACAUGAAUGUUUCAGAGGCACUUGCAUAUGUGAAAGGUGCAUUCAAAACGUUCUUGGAUGAAAUGACAGUUAACAAAAAUGGUACCCAUGAAUCUGAGAUUAAUGAGUUGACGAAUUUUGCAUCCACACAAUCCACAAACAAAUCCUUUGUUCAGAAGAUAUUCUCUUGUUUAAUUUGCGAUCAAUAAGCUUAAACCCAAACGUCCUUUUACA